AUGGUCGGGAUCGGAGGAGUCGUCCGUCUCCCGCUGCCGAUGCGAGAUGGCUCAAGGAACGAAGCCUUUAGUGUGACGCUGGGCUCCAGGUCGGAGCAAAACCCGUUCUCAGGCGAGCUUGCGGCUAUUGGCAACAAGGCAGCCGUGAUGGCCUUGGAGCGACCACACCAGCAAUCAGGACAACAAUAUCUCUGUCAGGCGUACGAUGCGAUAAGUGCCUUACGCAAGGCGGGAAACACGAUCUCGGUCGUCUGGAUCCAAGCGGGUACCAAAAACGAGCUCCUGAACACAGCCAAAGCGAAAGCAAAGGAAGCAACACGGCAGGACGCUACGCCACAAACGCAUGAUCCUGCCAUGCGGUCAACAGCCCUCCGUAUCGCAUGGGCAAAGCGGGCACCGCCCACGUCCUUACCUGACAAAGUGGGCAGACAUUCCAAGAGAGUCGAUAUAGCGUUACCAGGGAAGCACACCCAACUAUUAUACGACCACCUGUCCCGAAGCGAGGCCGGCGUGCUUGCUCAGCUUAGAACAGGCAUGGCCAAGCUCAACACAUACCUGCAUCGCAUCAAAGCAGCACCGUCAGACCCAGUGUACGUGUGGACAAGCUCAGAGAGACAGUGGACUCACUUUCCUCCUUCCGAUGCAAGCAAUGGGAUCAACACUCGUAGGGAGAUGCUGCAAUGUACCGGAUGUCCACUAGGGGGAAACCUCCUUCCUUUCUACCUGGGAGGAAAGUCGCGCUCGGAUGACAAGGACUGGUCCCCCAACAUGCGGGCGGUGCGGGCGACGAUACGUUUUGCCAUUGCCACAGGUCGUCUGAGGACUGAACAACAACAGAAUGAAGCAAACUAA